AGCUUCUGACAUCACACGCCGAUUAUCACUGGAAGCAGGCGUGAGUUAGUGUCCUUAUCCGAGGCAGCCUGGAGGACAGCUAGCUAAGAGCUUGUCCACGCGCUUGACCAGUGCAGUUUCACUUUUGCAAACAUCUGUUUAUAUCCCCUGAGAGAAGUCUAUCAAGCCGUCUGCCUCGAAGACGCCGUUUGGGGGCUGUGUGCAAGGACAGCCUCCAAUGGAUAAUUACACAGUGGCCCCUGAGGAUGAGUAUGAUGUCCUCAUAGAGGACGACCUGGACAUCAGUGGGACGGACCAAGUUCCCACCCCUGAGUUCCUCUCUGCCCAGCAGGUGCUGCAGUUCUGCUGCGUGGUGUUUGCUGUGGGCCUCCUGGAAAAUGGGCUGGUGGUGCUUGUCUUGGUGCGAUACAAAGGACUCGGGAAUCUGGGGAACAUCUACUUUCUAAACCUGGCACUUUCGAAUCUGUGUUUCCUGCUUCCCCUGCCGUUCUGGGCACAUGCCGCUGCACAUGGGGAGAGCCCCGGCAACGCGACCUGCAAAGUGCUUGUUGGACUCCACUCCGCCGGCUUAUACAGCGAGACGCUCUCUGACAUCCUCCUCCUUGUGCAAGGAUACAGGGCGUUUUCCCGAGGGCGACUGUCCUCCAUCUUCACGACAGUGUCUGGUGGUAUUGUCGCGUGCGCCCUGGCGUGGGUCGUGGCUACUGCACUCUCUUUGCCCGAAUCUGUGUUUUAUGAGCCUCGGGUGAAAAGACAGAACCACAGGUGUGGCUUUGGCAAGCCUCACUUCUUGCCGAUCGAAGCGCCCCUCUGGAAGUACGUUCUGACGUUAAAGAUGAACAUCUUGGUACUUGCGUUCCCUCUGCUGGUUUUUAUAUUCUGCUUCAGUCAGAUGAGGAAAAUGCAGCGCUUCAGGGAGAGGCGGUGUGACCUCCGCAAACCCGCUCUUAUCAUAACGGGCAUGUUCCUUUUGAUGUGGGCGCCCUACAAUAUUGUACUCUUCCUGUGCGCUUUCCAGGAACACCUGUCCCUGCAGAAUGAGAAGAGCCGGUACCUCCUGGAUGCAAGCGUCCAGGUCACGCAGCUCAUAGCGACCACCCACUGCUGCGUCAACCCACUCCUCUAUUUGCUCCUCGACAAGGCCUUUAUGAGUUAUCUCCGCAGCGUGUUCCCACGGUGCAACGACAUCCCAUUUCAAAGUAGCAGGGGCUCUCAGCCAGCGACGUCGAGGGAAGAUCAUGGCAGGCCCCUUGAACUGUACAGUACUUUGCAUCAAAGGCAGGACAUAUAAACACUCAUCCUUGUCUCUUCACAUUGUUUUAUGUAAUUAUUAUAUAUAUUUGUAUAAAAUUAGAAUAUAAGAGGAAAGGGGGGCUGGUUUAUGAAUAUUUACUACUAAGCACUGGGUUUGUCUCUGGUGCAGGGCUAAGCUAUUUAUAAAGGUGAGUUCCACUCUU